AUGGCAAGUCACAGAGACCCUCGCUUUCUGCACAACCUGUCCUACCACCCACGAUGGCAGCACGACUCUAUAAAACUGAAGAGAAAAAGACACGCUCGAACAGUAGCUUUGAACAUUUGCAGUAGAAAUAGUCUGUUUAAAUCAAUAGCAGCUUCAUCAUCUAAACCACAGUUGCCAUCAGAUCCUGUGCAACGCUCCAGGAGCUGGUUCAGGAGCAGGCUUUUUCUGCCCUUACUCAUGCUCACAUUUCUGCCCUGUCAAGCCUGGGCGACCACUUUCAAGGUGGCCCUGGUUGGACCCUGGACGUGUGACCUGCUGUACUCCAAGUCUCUCCCAGACCUGGCCGCCAGCCUCGCUACCGCCCGCAUCAACAAGGACCCCUACCUCAACAAAGGCUACUGGUACGACUACACGCUGGUCAACGAGGACUGCAAGUCUUCCCGUGCUAUGGCUCGCUUUGCGGAGCUGGACGGUCAUGGUGCUGCUUUCCUCGGUCCAGCGAACCCAGGCUACUGCUCCUCCGCUGCUAUGUACACCAGAGAGUGGGAUCUUGGGAUUCUCUCCUGGGCUUGCCUGAAACCCAACAUGAAUAAACUGGGCAUGUAUUCCACCUUCCAGCGGCCGCUUCCUCUGUCGUCCCGCGUGCUUUUCAACGUGUUGCGGUUCUUCAGUUGGGCCCAUGUGGCUGUGAUCUCAGAGGAGACAGAUUUAUGGGAAGCAACCGGACAGGAGCUGGCCUCUUCUUUGAGGGCUCUUGGUCUGCCUGUAAACCCUGUGGUCACCAUGUUCUCCGACAAGGACGGGCCGCGGAAGGCGCUGACAAAAGUGCGGGAAACAAACCGGGUCAGAGUUAUCAUUAUGUGCAUGCCUUCUGUCCUGAUUGGAGGCCAAGCCCAGUACCAGCUUCUGACCACAGCGUUGGACAUGCGUAUGAUCGACCGCGGUUACGUCUUCAUCCCCUACGACACCCUCCUCUACUCACUUCCCUACAAGGGGACUCCCUACUAUAUGCUGGGCAACGACACCAAGCUGCGGAAAGCCUAUGACGCGGUCCUCACCAUCACCAUGGACUCUGGAAAACGCAACUUCUACGAGGCCUUCAAAGACGCUCAGGACAGCCAUGAAAUCCGCAGCAGCUCCAAACCAGAGCAGGUUUCUCCAUUCUUUGGCACCAUCUACAACAUGAUGUACUUCACAGCAAUGGUCGCUGAGCAGGCCCGCGCCAAUGGAGGCCGCUGGGUCACCGGUCAGAUCCUCGGUGAAACCAAAGGUGGCUUUGAAUUUGAAGGUUUCAAUCAGCUUCUGGAGGCCAACAGUGACGGUGAAGGCAUGCAAGCUCGCUAUGUAGUGCUGGACUACAGUGGCAUUGGCAACUCUCUCUACUCAACUCAUAUUAUGGAAGCUGGCAAUACAUACAGUGGGGUCGGGAGUUUGAAAUACCUCGGCCGUUCGAUCCAUUUUGCAGGAAGCACGCCCUACACUGACUCCAGCUGCUGGUUCAGCUCAUACUUUGCCUGUACUGGAGGCAUGGAUACAGCCACUACGUUCUUUUUUCUCCUCGUGUUUGUUCCAGUAGUUGGAUGUGGAGUUCACUUAUUCCUUCAUUUAAAAAAAAAUGGUAGGAUUGGGUUCAGUGUUGGAGGUGGUGGUGCUGGCAGUGGAUCAACGAAGGUUAUCCUGACUCUGGACGACCUGAUCUUCAUCAACACUCAAAUCAGCAAACGGAAGAUCAAUGAUGAAAGUAUCCUGAAAAGCCAGCUCGAUAUGAAAACGCCUCAACACUCGGUUUCCGGUCGGAGCUACAUGGCAACUUCUGCAGACAUGUCCAAUGUUGCUGUGUUCGAGGGUGACUGGGUUUGGUUGAAGAAAUCGGCCAAUGGAGCUGUAUCGAGUGUCAACGGAAACACUGAGCAUAUCUUUAUAAAGCUCAGAGACAUGAGGCACGAGAACCUCAAUCUGUUCCUGGGACUGUUCUUCGACUCUGGGAUCUUUGCUAUUGUGACCGAGCAUUGCUCCAGGGGCAGCUUGGAGGAUCUGAUCAACAACGAGGAAGUGCGUCUCGACUGGAUGUUCAAGUCCUCCCUGUUAAUGGAUCUGAUUCGGGCGAUGAAGUACCUCCACAAUCGGGGCGUCAUCCACGGACGACUCAAAUCCCGAAACUGUCUGGUAGACGGUCGCUUCGUAUUGAAGGUGACAGAUUAUGGCUACAAUGAAAUUGUGAUUACCCAAGGCUUAGAAACUGAAGAGGAAAAUAAUGAGGAUCUGCUUUGGACGGCUCCUGAGCUGCUGAGAAGUCCCAUUCUGAGGAAAAGGGGAACUUUCCCAGGAGAUGUCUACAGCUUCUCCAUCAUUGGGCAGGAGGUCAUCUGUCGCUCCUCACCCUUCUGCAUGCUAGACAUGCCACCCAAGGAGAUUAUCAGCAAGCUCAAAGAGCCUCCUCCAUUGUGUCGGCCUGUCCUCUCAUUGGACACAGCCCCGUUGGAUGUGAUACAGAUUUUGAAACAGUCCUGGAGUGAAGAGCCAGAGAAAAGGCCGACCUUUGAGGAGAUCUUCAAACACUUCAAGAACUUCACCAAGGGAAAGAAGACCAACAUCAUCGACUCGAUGCUGCGGAUGUUGGAGCAGUACUCCUCCAACCUGGAGGAUCUGAUCAGAGAGAGGACGGAGGAGCUGGAGGUGGAGCGGCAGAAGACCGACAAGCUGGUGGCUCAGAUGUUGCCCAAGUCUGUGGCCCAGGCGCUGAAGACGGGCAAGCCGGUGAAACCCGAGCACUUCGCCCAGGUCACGCUGUUCUUCAGCGACAUCGUGGGCUUCACCACCAUCUCCGCUCUGAGCGACCCCAUCGAGGUGGUCGACCUUCUCAACGACCUCUACUCACUGUUUGAUGCCAUCAUUGGACUGCACGACGUCUACAAGGUGGAAACUAUCGGAGACCAAUACUUGGUUGCGUCAGGAGUUCCCAACAGGAACGGGAACCGUCACGCGGCUGAGAUGGCCAACAUGUCUCUGGACAUCCUGCACUGCAUCGGGAGCUUUAGGAUGAGGCACAUGCCCGAGCUGAAGGUCAGGAUCCGGGUCGGCCUGCACUCAGGCCCAGUGGUGGCUGGAGUGGUGGGUCUCACGAUGCCUCGGUACUGCCUGUUUGGAGACACUGUCAACACAGCAUCUCGAAUGGAGUCCACAAGUUUGCCUUUCAGAAUCCAUGUCAACAGAACCACAGUCGAUCUCCUGAACACCUUGGAUAUGGGAUACAAAAUCGUCAGCAGAGGCAUGACAGAAUUAAAGGGAAAAGGGAUUGAGAACACAUAUUGGCUGGUGGGGAAGGAGGACUUCGACAAGCCUCUGCCUAUUCCUCCAGACCUUCCAGGGGGGAUCAAUAAUGCUAUCGCUUUAGAGGAAAUUCCUGAGGACAGAAAACAAAAAUUCCUGGAUCGACAGAAGAAGAUGACCUAG